UGGCGACUUCCAGUAGAAACAGCAUGUGAGGAAUUCUAGCAACUGUUUCUACCGCAGUUUAUGUUUUGAAAGGGUGAUAUGAAUGGACUAAUUAGUUUUUAACUCAAGAUUGAUUGCAAAAAUGUUGCGUUCUGCACUUCUGAGAGGUAUUUUCAUACGGAACUUCAGUGUUAAUGCUAUAAAGUGUGCUGCCGCAUCCUCAAAUGCGCGCAGAUCAGCUGUCUGUCCUUCAGAGCUGCAUCAAGGACCCUUGAGAUACUUUAGUGAAUCAGCUACUUUAACACCUUCAAGGUGGACUGAUAGCAACAAUACCAAGACAAACGCAUCUGAGCAUGUGCACGAGGAAGAUACACGUGAUGUGUUUGGUGAUUAUUCCAGAAAGUUUUCCUCCAGACGAACCUUCCGCAAAACAUCCCCAGAGCAGCUGGAUCUGAAAUACAGAGAUGCGGAUGAAGAUGAUGCACAGCUGGUGGAAAAGUUCAAGUCCAAAAAGGGUCGGAAAAAUACGACAUACUGGUAUUUCCUCCAGUGCAAACGGCUCAUCAAAGAGGACAAACUGGCCGAGGCAUUGGUUCUCUUUGAGGCUGAUAUGCUUAAAGCUGAGAGGUUACAACCUGAGGAGUACAAUUACACUGUGCUCAUCGGCGGAUGUGGACGUGUCGGCUACCUAAAGAAAGCCUUUCAACUCUACAAUAAUAUGAAGAAGCGAGGAAUCGAGCCAUCCGAUGCUACAUACACUGCGCUAUUCAACGCUUGUGCGGAGUCACCAUGGAAACAGUCAGGUCUGGAACAGGCAUUGAAGCUCAAGCAAGAGCUUCUCAAGAAGAACAUCCCUCUAAGAGCCAUUACCCAGCAUGCUUUGCUCAAAACAGUUGCUCUUGCUGGAGAUCUGAAGUCGUGCUUUCAAAUUCUGCGGGAAAUGCUUCAAAAUGGACAACCCAUCACACAAGAGACAUGUCAUUAUCUGCUGAUGAGCUGUGUGAAGGACAAGCAGCAUGGAUUCAGACUGGCUUUACAGGUGUGGCACCAGAUGCUUAAGAUUGGAAUAAAACCAGACACUCAGAAUUACAACAUACUCCUGCGGGUAGCACGGGAUUGUGGGAUAGGUGAUCCUGGUUUGGCUUCUGCGCUACUACUGAAGAGAACAGAGGAAGUGACCCCAAAACUCACAAGUGGAAGGAAAAGCCGUAGGACAAAAGUCAAAGAGGAGAUGUCGUGUCAGCCCUUAGAUAUGGAUGCAUUUGAGAGUGAGCUGUUUGUAGACAUGCACACACAGAGCCAUGGACAAGCCAAAGAGACUGAUUUCUGCCAUCCAAAGGAAAAAGAUCAGUGCAAAACAGAUGCAUCUCAAAAUGAGACUCAAAUGCUGCCUGUAUCAUCAAGUGGCUCUCUGACAUGUCAAUCACAAAGUUCCUGCCUCCCAAACCUUCUGGACCCCAGCACUUGCCACUCAGAUGUGGUUGCCUUGGGACCUGUGAACAGUGCUUCGGAUAGACUUGCUCUGAUUGGAAACCUUGAAGGUUUUUUGGAGAAAAUGGCCAAAGAUGGACUGGAGCCCAACAUCAAAACCAUCACAUUAUUGGCUGAUGUCAUGGAACCCGGCAGCCAAUCAGUGCAGAGUUUGAUUAAUGUGGCCAAAAAGAGUGCUGUCACGCUGGAUGAGACAUUCUUUAACAUUAUGAUCAGAAGGGUGGCCAAAGCUGGAGACUUGAACGGGGCUAAGGCUGUAAAAGCCCUUAUGGUUAACAAAGGGCUGGUUGCAAAUGCACAGACGUUCUGUAGUAUUGCUCUGGCUUGCCGUAGACAAAAAGAUGCAAUGCAGUUGCUUACUGAAAUGGAGUCUUGUGGGCUUGUGCCAAACACUCACGUUUACAGUGCCCUGAUCAGCCAGGCUGCUAAGCGUUUGGACUAUGCUUAUCUGCAUGAACUUCUUCAACACAUGCACGAACUGCAAGUGCCGCCCAAUGAUGUCAUCAUCAGACAGCUGGAGUUUGCAGCUCAGUAUCCUCCGUCCUAUGACAAGUUAAAAUCACAAAACACAUACCUGGACAAGAUUGACGGCUUCCGUGGUUUUUACAAACAAUGGCUGGAGUUCAUGCCUGGCCAGGAAACACCACACCCCUGGGAAAAAUAUCGAUCCCCAAAACCAGAAACGGAACAAGAUGGAGUCACCUCACAAAAUAAAAUUUCUGAAUAAAUCAAAUUCCUGUAUGUUGUACUAGUAAAUUUGUGUGAGUUUCUUAAGCUUAACUGUGAAUU